UUCAACUUUAAAGUCACCAUUAAAGAGAGGAGAUUUCUCACGUAAGCCCCGUGCAUUAUUGAGCUAUCCUUUAUUGUUGUAGAUACAAUCACUCAUAUAUACACACAAAACAAGUUCAAUACACAGAGAUCAAGAGGGAAGGGACUUAAUCAGACAUCCAUGAAAUUUUUCUUCCCGGAGCUCAGCUUUUGCUUCGGCGGUACUGUAAUAACACCGGCAGCAGAAACCAUCACCACUGAUGUUUCAAUUACUAGCCGGCGUGUAACGCAAGGUAAUUCGACAAAGCACUGGAGGCCGGAGCUCACAGCGAUUGCAGAGGACGGCGGCGUGUUGAACGCUCGCAGGCAGCCUCCUCCAUCGGCUAGCGUCGUUAGAUCUGAGAAGAAGCCAUUGAACAAAGCUAGAUCUACAGGGAAAACUCGAUCUCAUUCAUAUACCGGUGAUUACAGCGUGAAAUGCAGGAAACUGACUCAUGCGAUGGCGAUUCCCGCGUUUUCUCCAACUCCGUUCGUGUUUUGAUUUUGGAUGAUUAAUGGCGUCCUGUAUUUCUCUUGUAUCUGGUGUUCAUGUAAUGAAAUUUGUGAAUAACUCUGUUUUUAAGAUA